AUGGGCACCGAGAUGCCGGGCUGGCUGGAAGGUGAAUGUGACGAUUGUGCGACGGUUCCGACCUGCGAACCUGGCGCUACAACCGGAGCCGACGAUAGGCUGGUCGUUACGCGCCCAUGUCGACCAAACUUUUGUGCGGCCGAUGCAAGUGCAGGAUCUGAUACAGUUGAUUGCAUCCUACCUGUUACGAUCAAUAAUGGGAAAGAUAAAGUGAUGUUUCCCUUCAACCUGUGCACGCGAGAAAUGCUAGCCGCGGGAAAAUGCGAAGGGAAAGCCUGGAGCACGGCCGCCUAUGCAAAAACAGGAAUGGUCUUAACCAGCCAAUACCUGAUAAUACCGUCUGAAUUCGAUGACCUCCAAAGCCGCCGUAAACGACGCCAAGCUGCCGAGAAGCUAGAAUACCCCCGCUGCAUCGACAUUUCCGGAUUGGCGAACGAAGACCGGAGACGCGUUGAGAAGGACGAGUUGUUGAAUUGCAACAAGAAUAUCUUUGUCCUAUUCCGGACCGGCGAUACUAGCGGGUUGAUCAUCAACCCACCACCAUGUCAGGGAAGCAACGACAGUCGAAUCUGUACAAAUCGCCACGGUACCAUCAGCAGUACUCCACCAAUCGAAACUACUACGGCGGCUGCUCUUGUGUCGAGUGAAAUGCUGGUCUGGCUAGGUGCAGGUGGUGGCGGCGUGUUCCUCCUGAUCAUCUGCGGUGUCUUGUUAAGCUGCAUGCUGAAAAAG